CUCACAGAGUCGGCGGCCGGCAGCGCCGCGUCGCUCGCCGCCGGCCGCCGCGCGGGCGGCGCGGGCCCGCUGCGCGUGCCGCGGCACGUGCGGCCGCGGACGCUGCUGCGGCGCUACGACCCGCUCGAGUCGCUCGGGCGCGCGCUGCUGUACCACACGCGCCCCGCGGCGCCGUUCAGGUCUGAGGCGUUCGCGGGCUGCGUGCGCCUCGCGCCCGCGCCGCACUGGCUGUUUGCUGUCGUCACCUCAGAGCACCUGCUGCUGCUCGCGUGCCGCGCGGGGCCGGGCGGGCCGCUCUUCCGGCGCCCGGCGCUGCAGCGGCUGCUGCAGGCGCGGGACGUGCUGGCGGCGACGGCGGAGGGGCCGCGGCUGCGGCUGCUGUGCCUGCCGCCCUGGGACCGCUCGCCGCUGCACCCCGCGGCGGCGCACGCGGGCGGCUCCGCCGCUGCGUCCUCUGAGGGCGGCGGGCGGGGCCCAGAUGCGAGCCCACUGGCCAAGUGGUUUGUCGCCUGCACGAUCGAGUGCGGCACGGCGGACGCCGCGGCGCGCGUGCGGCAGCUGCUGCUGUCCGUCUCCGAGCCUCAGCGGCGCGGGGCGGCGGCGGGCGGCUGGCUGGGGUGA